UUCCUUGCCCGAUCUAUACAGAAGAGAGAGUUUCGUGUGUGUCUUGUUAGCUCCUAGGGCUGGGAGAGAGAGCUCCAGGAGGGCGCGGAAUGGAGGAAGCGGUGGCAGCGCUAUCCACAUUUGCUUUGGAGGGCAACCAGCCGGACAUUCAAGGGCUUGCUGUCACGCUUCUCACUGGCAAGAAUGCGUCUCAAAGUCCUCUCGAUUACGAGGAUGUUGCUGCUUACCAGCUACAACUCACGGAAGACUCUAAGUCGAUCAAUCAGCUGAAUGUGCUGGUGGAGCAAGGCAACGAGAUGGUUUCUAUCCUCUAUACGUAUCGCAGCUGUGUCAAGGCUCUCCCACAGCUCCCCGACUCCAUGAAACAGAGCCAGGCAGAUUUGUACCUGGAAACGUACCAAGUGCUCGACAUUGAGAUCGGCCGCUUACGUGACAUCCAGCGCUGGCAAACAACAGCCGCGUCAAAACUCGCAGGCAAUAUGCAAAAGUUCUGUCGGCCGGAGAGAAGAAUUAAUGGUCCAACCGUGACACAUAUGUGGUGUAUUCUAAAGCUUCUCGAUGUUCUUUUGCAACUCGACCAUUUGAAGAAUGCAAAAGCAAGCAUCCCAAAUGAUUUUUCAUGGUACAAGAGAACGUUCACUCAAAUAAGCACCCAGUGGCCGGAUACGGAUUCCAUGAGAGAAGAACUGGAUGACCUGCAGAUUUUCCUGAGUACAAGAUGGGCCAUCUUGCUUAAUAUACAGGCAGAACUUUUCCGAGUGAACAACUUGGAAGACCUCCUUCAAGUUUUGAUCAACUUCUGCCUGGAUGCAUUGGAGUCCGACCAUGUUGUCCUUUACUCCGAGAGGCAUGUAUUGCUCAGGGUGCUACCCGUUCUGGUGGUUCUCGCCAUUUCCUCUGAGAAAGAAGGCGACUCAACAUUCAAGAAGAUCAAAAUAAACAGGCUCAUCCGGGUGUUUCGGAGUGAUCCGGUAAUUCCCGCAUUUCCAGAUCUUCACCUUUCGCCUGCAAGCAUGCUGAAAGAACUGUCGCCUUACUUUCGGAAAGUUGCGGCUCAAAGCAGAUUGACGUCGUUGCCUGCACCCCACGAGCUUGCUCCCCGUGAAGCUUUAGAGUAUCAGAAAGAGUAUCUGAUCAUACAUCACAUGCCUGCCAUUCGCUUCGCUCAUGACGAGUUCUGCUUGCACUUUGCUGCUGCGAUAAACAAGCUCCAGCUUCUAAAGUGUGCCAGAAACGUAGACGAGGCUCUCAGUGCCAAGAUCAAGGAGGAUGUCUACAUGGCAAUUCUUGAAGGCUUUCAGUGUCUUAGUGAAUGGACAGGCCGCGUGUGGGAGCAGUGUGCUUGGAAGUUCUCCAGACCUUCAAAAGAAGCCACUCCAUACGACGAGGAUGUCUCAGCUGUUGUCACAGACUAUGAGAAGGUUGUACGCUGCAACUAUUCCCCCGAAGAAAGAAAAGCUAUGGUGGAGCUGAUAAGCUAUAUCAAGGGUGUUGGCUCCAUGCUGGAGCACGUUGAUACUCAAGUUGCCGAGACAGUAUGCGAACUCAUACAUUCGCAAUUGCAAGACUUUGUGCAAAACAAGCUUUCCUUGAUGCUGCGAACUUCCAUGAAGAAAAAGAAAGAACUAUCUCGAAUCGUUACUGAGAUGAGGACCAUCGCAGCGGACUGGACAAAUAGUAAUGGUGAUCAAGAGAAAGGAUCUUUCAGGAAGACGAAAGAUGAAACUGAUAGAUUUCCAAUCACGGUUCGGGCUACAGCUCCUACGGCUGCCCAGCUUCAUUGCCUGCAAUUUCUGAUCCACGAACUUAUCUCUGGGAGUCCCAAGAAAGCUGCAGUAUUUUUUGGAAGUAACGAAACUGAGAUCGCAUCAGCCGACAUGAAACAACUCGACUUGUUCUUCAACAAGCUGGCGUUUUACCCCUACAUCCUCGAUUACAAAGCUACGAUUUUUCAUGUCACCGAUCUCGGAUUUAUCUGGUUCCGUGAGUUUUAUCUGGAAACUUCUCGUGUAAUACAGUUUCCUAUCGAGUGUUCUUUUCCGUGGAUGCUGGUGGAUUAUAUACUAGAAUCUCAAGAUGCUGCUUUACUCGAGAGCGUCUUGGUGCCAUUUGAUAUUUAUAAUGACUCUGCAGAGCAUGCGCUCCGUAGGCUCAAGCAACGCUUUCUAUACGAUGAGGUCGAGGCCGAGGUUGACUUGUGCUUUGACCAGCUGGUUUUUAAAUUGAGUGAGCACAUAUUUUCCUACUACAAAAGUCGGGCUUCAAGCAAGCAACUUGAUGCAACAUUCGUCGCCAGUUCCGAACUUCAGGACAAAUUCCGGGUAUUUCCAAAACGUUACGAGCCAUUGUUUCAGAUGCGGCGAGUUCAGAUAUUGGGACGGGACAUAGACCUUGCUUUUCUCAUUGAGCAGCGACUAAACAAAAUUUUCCGCGAAAAUCUUGACUUUUUACUUGAGCGGUUUGAAUCCCAUGACCUCUGCACCAUUGUGGAGCUCGACCAUUUAAUUGAAAUUCUCCGAGCUACGCAUUGCCUUCUUGCAGAUCAGCUCACUCUAGAUCCGUUCAAUCUUAUCCUGGAGGAAAUGAUGGAGAAUAUUUCAAUGGUGUCGUUUUCUUCUCGACUAGCAUCGCAGAUAUUCUCGGAGAUUCAGAACGAUGUUAUUCCGAACUUCAUUUUAUGCAACUCAAGCUUAAGGCUCAUCAGGUCACCUAAGGCCUGCCAGCGAGCCUUUCGACGUGCUCCAGUUCCCCACGCGGAUUACAGUUUCCUUUGUGGCACUCCGGACUUGAACAUGGCACAUGCCAUGUACACCGAUCUUUUCAGCAAGUUCUUUGGAUUGCCUCACAUGCUGUGCAUAGUCAAGCUGCUGGGUUCUCGCUCGCUACCUUGGCUUAUCCGAGCUUUGUUGGAUCACCUUUCUCAAAAGAUCACGUCGUCUCUAGAUUCCAGUGUUGGUGAUCUUCGUGGAGCCAUGCCGAAGGCGAUAAACCUCCCGACUCCAGAAGCUGGUGUUGCGGGGGCAAUGAAAAUCCUGAAGGAGCAACUUCAGUGGGUAACAAGCUACGAAGGGAAAGUUAACUUUAUAGAAUGUCUGAAAGAAAUUGGAACGUUGCUCUUCCUUAUGUCGUUGCUGGAUAUGGCAAUGAAAGAAACCGAGACGAGUCAGAUGGUACAAGUAGCACCUUGGCUGGGCAUUGCUCCGGGACCGAAUGGCCUUCAGAGAUACGCUGCUGACGCCACAGAUAGCCCCUUCCUGGCUCUUUUUAAAGAGGCCGCCAGCGCGUGUGCAGCACAUCCACUGUGCUUGGCGCCAUCUGCGUUCGUUGCAAUGGGGAAGCAAGCUGAAGUUACAGGCUCGCUGUACAUGAAAAACAUCCAAACUGGUAGCGUCCUUGAGUACACACUGGCGUAUCUGAGCGUUGUACUCGAUAGCUUUCGGGAGAAAUGGAGCUCCCCAUCGAAGACGGGGCUCAUCGAAAUCACAACAUCCAAGGAGUACCAUCGGAUAUACAGUGGCAUUCAAUUCGUGUUUUGUGGCGAGUCACUUGCCGAGGCCGGCCCGAACUUUGAGUGUUUUGGUGACUCGGUGGCUUGGGGUGGCUGCGCUAUUGUAUACUUCCUUGGGCAGCAGCAACGCUUUGAGCUAUUGGACUUCAUUUAUCAUCUGUUAAGUGUAGAAGAAGCCGAGUCCGCCAUCCAUCACGACAGAUCAAGGAAGCCAGCUCUAGUGUAUGGUCCUUCAUAUGGACAGGAGCUGGAGGACUUUCUGGAUAAUGCAAGAAGAGCAAGGGGUCUAAAUAAUCACGUAUUCUCACUACUGAGAGCCCGCUCUCCUCAAGAAGACAAGUCAGCGUCCAUGAUCAAGCAGAGCGGGAGCGUCGUGCACAGGGUCAAGUAUCCAAACACUCCUUCGGCCUUUGAUUCGCUCCCUCUCAAAGGGAGCCGAGGCUCCAAGAGCUACAACAUAGUUAAGCACCAGCAAGGCAGUGCAAGAGGCUUAUCCCAGGCCUAAACAGGCGAGCUGCUUGUUAAGCAUCUCCUGCUCGCCUCCCCCCUGCAACUCCUGCUCAUAGCACCAGUAAGUGCAUUGCAAUCGUAAGCAAAUGUAUCAGAUCCUUCUCCCACCUUGAGCAUCUUGAGAAGUAGAGGCCCCAGCUCACAUUUCCCAAUGACCACAGCAAUCGCCUUGUCACUCGCCGCCCCUCGCUCAAGGUGGUAUUUGUUCCGUGGGUGUAGGAGCAGCACACCAAGCACAAUAACGCCUUGUCGUCCAAGUCCGCGGCGCUAUAACUGGCACGGGCACGCUGCCAUGCCGAGCACUGGCUCCGUCACGUUUUGGCACAGUGUUAUGGUCGGCUCCGACAAGUGCUGCUAAAUCUCCCGUGGGGCAUCUGCAAAACAUUUAUCAUGCUUGGUGUGGAGCUCUAGAUAUCCGUACCGGGCAGCUUGAAGCCCCGAGGGAAAUCAGCCUUGAUGUAUAUCGGAAGCAGGCAGUUGAAUCCGCCGUCGGCGUAGUUUGGAAA